AAGCAAUUGACGUUAGAACGGAUAAAUAAAUACAACAUGAAGCUCAUGGAGGAGCUAAAGACCCCAAGGAUAAAAGCGUCGAAUUGUGCACUCAUGGUUAUCGACUUCACCGAGCAACACAACGACCCUUUACUACCUGAAAUUUGGGGAGCUCCU